AUGCGCAGGAUUCGUCAAAAUGUAAAUACAGCGUUUCUCAAUAUUCUAUGGCGAUACAUCCGCCUUCUGGGGCUUGUUGUGCUGACGGCCAACUUGGCUUCGUUUGCUGGCGUGCAAGCACAAUCCGCUGCUCAGAUCAAGGCGCUGAGAAAAGAGACCGAAGAUCUUUUCUACCAUGGCUAUGAAAACUAUAUGAACUAUGCCUUCCCCGAGGACGAAUUGCGUCCAAUCUCCUGCAAACCGUUGACACGCGACCGCGACAACCCUGCCCACAUCGAAGUUAACGACCCUCUGGGGAACUACUCCUUGACACUUAUCGAUAGCUUAUCUACGUUGGCAAUCCUUGCCUCGACUCCAUCUAACGAGAAAGAUAACAAGGCAUUGCGGCUGUUUCAAGAUGGAGUUCUCGCCCUGGUUGAACAAUACGGUGAUGGCCUUGCUGGGCCUUCUGGUGAGGGUUUAAGAGCUCGAGGCUUUGACCUGGACAGCAAGGUGCAAGUGUUUGAAACCGCUAUUAGGGGUCUGGGGGGGCUGCUCAGCGCACAUCUCUUUGCCGUGGGAAGCUUGCCUAUUCGCGGAUACGCCCCGCCCGAACAACAAGCAUCACACGCUCAACAUUGGAACCAUCGCCAACCCAAGGGUGUCACGGAAGGAAUUACGUGGCCUAACGGUUUACGGUACGAUGGCCAACUCCUACGUCUGGCAUACGAUCUGGCAGGUCGUUUGAUACCGGCGUUCUGGAACCCAACCGGCAUUCCCUAUCCAAGGGUCAAUCUUCGGCAUGGGAUUCCCUUUUAUGCGAAUUCUCCCUUCAACAAUGGUUCGAAUGAUGCCCAAUGUGAUGCUCGUCCGAAGACCCCUGAGAUCACGGAGACAUGUAGUGCUGGUGCUGGAAGUCUUGUCCUCGAGUUCACCACACUCAGCAGGUUAACUGGCGACCCACGGUUUGAAGAUCUUGCUAAGCGAGCGUUCUGGGCGAUAUGGCAUAGACGGAGCUCCAUUGAUCUCAUCGGUUCUGGCAUUGACGCUGAGUCUGGGGCCUGGGUUUCUACAUGGACUGGGAUUGGUGCUGGGAUAGAUAGCUUCUUCGAAUAUGCUCUCAAAUCCCACAUACUACUUUCGAGGGACUCCCAUCCAGACUACGAUCCACCUGUGGCGACUCAAGAUCCAAGGACACUAUUCGACCCAUUGCCUAUGGAAGAUGACACCCCCCAGGCCUUUCUCAAUGCGUGGAACACCGCUCAUUCCGCGAUCAAGAGAAACCUCUAUCGUGGCCCGAACUAUCAACAUCCACAUUAUAUCCAGGCCGAUCUUGUCACAGGCGCAGCAAGAGGCUUUUGGAUAGAUGCACUCUCUGCAUACUAUCCUGGGGUCUUAGUCCUGGGGGGUCAUGUUGAAGAAGCUGUAGAAACGCACCUCCUACAAACAGCCCUGUGGACGAGAUUCUCUGCUUUACCGGAAAGAUGGAAUCUCAUCACUGGCGGAAUUGAAGGCGGUCUAGGUUGGUGGGUCGGUCGACCAGAGUUUAUCGAGUCCACGUACUAUCUCUAUCGCGCAACAGAGGACCCUUGGUAUUUCCAUGUUGGCGAAAUGGUCCUUCGUGAUAUCAAGAGAAGGUGUUGGGCUAAAUGUGGCUGGGCAAGUAUCCAAAAUGUGCUGACAGGCGAGCAAACCGACAGGAUGGAAAGCUUCUUCCUGGGUGAAACCGCAAAGUAUCUCUUUCUCCUUUUUGAUCCGACGCACCCUCUCAAUCAUCUUGACGAGCCUUUUGUUUUUACUACCGAAGGACACCCACUAGUCAUUCCAAGGAUCGUUGAUAAUGGUCAUUACGAGGGCAAACUGUGGAACCUGCAGGCUGAAGAGGAGGCCAAAUGUCCGACCAAACCAGAACCAGUACCUUUCAGCAUUUCCAAUACCGCCGCACGAGGCGAUAUUUAUCAUGCCGCAAACUUAGCAAGGCUUCAUCUCAUGCCGGCCCGCGACAACAUUGAGUCAGUUUUAGGAGAAUAUGCAGCUGACCACCCAAGUAUAACAUUGUCGGACAUCAGCUCGCCCUCCAACUAUACCUAUUAUCCUUGGACACUACCUCCCGAAUUAAUUCCAUUCAAUGCAAUCAGCUCGCUGAUACCAACCAGGCCAACUCUCGACAUAUCUUUUCCCGCAAUCACGAAUCCCGGACUGCCAGCACCGCCACUCCAACGGGUUAAGCAAGGUAUUUUGAUCAACUUUAUUGGCGGUCUGCGCCUCGGUAUGGUCCAGGAUCUGCCGUUGCUAAUCGAUGAUGGUAUUAUUGAUACCUUUCGUAUCCAAACUAUCAACAAUAUUCCGCUAGGAAAGGACGAAAAGGUGUUCUUACCAAGGGACACGGGCAAGGAGACACUGAGCCUGACGGAUCCCAAUUUCACUCGAAUCCGUGAUCCCAUCAUGCUGGACAUGGUUGUUGAUUUGAGUAAGCCGAUCGAGCAAGAUGAACAGGAGCAAGAUGCCAACAGUGAUAUAUUGGUUUUUGAGAUGCCAGGGAUUGGUUCAACGAACGAUGGCUCAGUUCGCGCUGCUUGGAAUGCCAUUGUCUCCCAACUUUCGAGUCUUCUGAUCAAAGACCGUCGACAGCCGCCGUGGCCGUUCUCGACCAGCCUAUCAUUGGCUACGCCACGAUCUUCAAGUGCAACUUCCGAUGGAAACUCUCCACGUUAUCAUCUCCCUGCAGUCAUCCCCACAGGCCCAGGCUCUGCACCUAUCCCUGAUUGGCCAGAAGUAGCAACGAUCAUCACGAGUGGCGCACAACCCCCUAGUCUCCAGUGGACGAAAGUCUAUGGUGCUGGUGAACUGUGCGACCAUCGGCUCGCUCUGAGCCUGGUGCGCAACAUUCAUGUUCUGGUAAUCAAGCGUGGUGGCUGCAAUUUCAGCACCAAACUCGCCAAUAUUCCCUCUUUCACACCAUCACCACAUUCGCUCCAACUAGUCAUUUUCGUCUCUUACGGACAGUCCGACUCGGCCGGCCUGAACAGGAUGGAGGACGAAGACGACCUCGUUCGUCCACUCCUCGACAAAACUCAGUUUACUCCAGCGGGAUUGCCCAGACACAAUCCUAUCCCGUCGGUCAUGGUUGCGGGCGGCCAGAAGGUAUAUGAGGCGCUUGCUAAUCGUGCCGUUGGGGUCGGAAUCAAGAGGAGAUAUCACGUAGAAACAAGAAGCAUCCGAAUUGGGAAUUUGCAUGUCGUUUAG